UCCAUGUAUUUAUUCAUUAGUUAAUAAUUCAAUAUAUAUAAAUUUUUUAGAGAGAAAUUGAUCGCAAAUCAAUCGAAAGAUAUUGCAAUAUAGAAAUGUCUCACUAUGAAAAGCUAUCUUCGAUACGAAAUGAGUUGGACAGAUAUAAAGAGAAACCUGAAAGAGAACAGCUUUUGGAAGAAACAUGUACUUUCCUGUCGAAAUAUAUUCAAGUUCGAAAAGAUGUACAUGUAUGUUACACGAAUGUAAGUGCAUCAUUGGAUACAAUCGCACAAGAGGUACAGAAUCGUCUCAGGGAGAAGCAUCCGAACCAUUCGAUAUUUUCCACGUCUCGUGAAACUUUUUCCUAUUGGAAAACCAACAAUAUCAGAAAUAAUCAUUGGGACGAAACAGAAAGUACGCAGAUUAUGGAUACACUCCAGGAAUAUAUAUUUGGCACUUUGAAUUUUCGACCAUGUAGCUCCUCAUCCGAAGAUAUCAAAUGUUGGUGUAUAGAUUAUGUUUUACAAAGUAAAUUUGGUCAAGAUAUCAUUGUAUAUACAAUAUUUAAUAGCGUGGCUAGAAGAUUUGGUCUACGUUGCGAUCUAAUAGAUGUUUACACUACAAACUAUAUAUUUUGGAAAUCAACAUUCGUCAUGAAUAAUUUAGAAAAUGCACGUUGUUUUUACAUAAACAACGAGAAUUUCCCAAAUUGUCUUCAUGAUUCUCUACCAAAUUACAAGUUUUGUAAAACACAUCAUUACGUCAUCGAAAUAAGAACUGAAAAGAUGUUGGACAUAAUAAAAAUUUUUGUUGGAAGGUUUAUAAGGGGACAUACAAUAAUCAAUUUAGGAUUAGUCAAAGUGAAUUUGUAAUGCGUAAAAAACAUACGCGCACUAACAUAAUCGCGUAUUAGUAUAUAACAUAUACCAUUGUAAAAAUAAAGAGCAUUGUGAGAUAUUUUCAGAUAACAAUUAUG